AUGCCUCUCAGAGCAAAGAUCCUGGAUUCGGCCAUAGGAACUCGAGCGAUGUCUACAAGCCCGGUCAACGAGACAUUCAAAGAGCUUCCCGGUGACGACCCUCAAGAUGUCGUCUUCAGCAGUCUUUACGGUUUACGGACCAUUGAACUUAACCGGCCCGCGAAAUUGAACGCCCUCGAUGCCUCUAUGAUACGGAAGAUCCUGUCCCGCAUGGUUGCGUGGGAAAAGUCGGAUAUGGCCAACGUCAUCGUCAUGAAAGGUGCUGGCGACAAGGCUCUCUGCGCUGGUGGUGAUGUUGCAACUCUUGCACAGCAGAAUAUGCAGGGGCCUGGCGGCCAGAAAGCAUCCGUCGAUUAUUUCGCCCUGGAAUAUAAGCUGAACCAUUACAUUGCGACAUACGAGAAGCCGUAUAUUGCUUUCAUGGAUGGCAUCACCAUGGGUGGAGGUGUAGGACUAAGCAUACAUGCGCCCUUCCGAAUCGCCACGGAAAGGACCGUAUUCUCCAUGCCUGAGACAACUAUCGGCUUCUUUCCCGAUGUCGGGGCGUCUUUCUUUUUACCCCGAAUGAACGGAGCUAUAGGAACCUACCUGGCACUGACAAGCGAGCGGUUGACGGGGGCUAACGCCUUCUACUCGGGCGUCGCCACCCACUACUUACAUUCGACGAGUUUGCCAAACCUAGAAUCUCGUCUAGCUGAACUACGGUUCAAAGACUACGACAGCAUGCAGAAGCGGUUAGGUAUCAUUGAGAUGACUAUCGAGGAGUACGCGACGGGUUUGCCAGCAAAAGAACCCAUACUUCUCGGCGGCGAACUUCGGCGAGCCGUUGAUCGUUGCUUCAGCAAGAACACUGUGGCUGAGGUGAUAAAUGCGUUGAAGGAGGAACAAGGCCCGACCAAAGCAUGGGCGGAGAAAACUCUGGACACCUUGCACCAGCGAUCCCCCACAGCAGUACAUGUAGCCCUCAAGCAAAUGCAAGUGGGGCGUACUUGGCCCAUCGCAGAGACUUUCCAGAGGGAGCAUCAGAUCGCUGCUAAAUUCAUGCAGCAUCCCGAUUUUGUUGAGGGUGUGUCGGCUCAGCUUAUCUCAAAGGAGCGACCGCGACCGACACCUAAAUGGCAGCCCGCCAGUUUGGAAGCUGUGCAACCGGGAGACGAAAUCGAAGCCCCAUUCUUUCAGGUGGCCGACGAUCUGCCCAGGCUGAAGCUUCUGACGGAUCGCAACUUUAAGGAGUAUCCGUAUGAGACUCUAGGUGUGCCCUCAGAGAAAGAGGUCGAGGAGGUUGUGCGCGAGGGCACGAAGACGCGUCGGGAGGUGCUGAGAGACUUCGUUGCCAGGAAAAACGGAAGACAAGGCAUCAGCACAAUUGUAGAGGAGAUCUUGGCUCGGAAGACUACAAGAGCUGAAGACGGCAAGGCUAUAUGGGUUGACUAG